AUGACGAAUGCGGAUAAAUUAGCCAAUCUUAAGCGCUGCAACAAUAACAAUGGCAUUUGUGUCAAACAAGACCUGUGCCUGGACGGACAGAUCAACACCGUCGGUCACUUGCUGAUUGAACCAAAACUGGGCAAUACGGAUUUCGACGAAUGCGAUGAGUUUGGUGUGAUGUGCUGCGCAUUACCCAAGCAAGAGGACGACAGUGACGAAUCAUUCUCUCCGGAACCGACAACAACCACGGAACCACCGGAAGAUCUGGACUGGAGCCGCCAGUGUGGCCAAAGGACGAACGUUUCGGAGAAGGUUGAUAAGGUCCACGAAACCAACCGAUGGGAGUUUCCCUGGGCCGUGGCGGUGUUCAGUGUGACGAAGAUUUUCGGCAAGGCUCGCAAAGAAUUCCUCUGCGGUGGAACGCUGAUCGACGAUUACCUGGUCGUUACAGCGGCUCGCUGUGUGCAUCAGAAGUAUCACUCUAACCUGAUAGUGCAGCUAGGCCGCUGGAAUUUGGAUGCGCCUAUGGAGCCUCGCAUGCAGGAAGUACCCGUCGAGGAACUGCUCAUCCACCGGGGUUACGUACCGUCCAGUCAGCUAAAUAAUAUAGCGCUGCUUGUGCUAGCGAAUGGAGCCAUCCUCGGCAAGGCGGUCAAUCGUGUAUGUUUGCCAGAUGCCAACGUCCUGAUCAAUGGCGACUCAGUGUGUUACGUGGUAGGUUGGAGCAAUACUCGAACUCCAAACACUAAGAACCAACAGCUCAAGCUGCGGGCGACAUUCGCCACCACGGACGACUGCAUGCAGUCCAUACGGAGGGCGACGCGCACGUCGGCGUUCCUCCUGCCAAAGGAAAACAUAUGCCCGGACUAUCUGGAUCUUCCGGAGCCGUGCGAGCGUGCAGCUGGCUCUGGGUUGGUCUGUGAAUCCCAGCAUUCCUCAGGACAGUUCUUUCUCGUGGGUAUUGCAUCGCACGCAUUUCGCAACUGCCACCAGUUCCAGGCGCAUGAUGUGUUCCUGAAGACUGUCGAGUACCUGCCGUGGAUCGAUGAUCACGUGCGAAAUCAGAGCCGACAGACAAGUUUCUAUCGGCCCGAAUCAAGUAACUUCGAAGAGUCGUAGCUUGUUAGGUGUAACGCGCAGAUAGCAAAUAAACGC